AUGACUUUGAACCAAACCAUGCGCCGAAAGAAGCCCCAGAAAGCUUCCAAGGCAAAGUCGCCACUCCUAGACAACUGUCCGCAAAAGAAAGGCGUCUGUGCUCAGAUAUUUAUCAUGGCUCCGAAGAAACCCAACUCGGCAAAGCGAAAAGUUGCCCGUGUGAAGCUGACGAACGGGAAUACCGUCAUGGCGUACAUUCAGGGAGAAGGGCACAACCUGCAGGAGCACAGUGUUGUGUUGGUCCGUGGUGGUCGCGCGCAAGAUCUGCCAGGUGUCCGCUACAAAAUCGUUCGCGGUGCAUUAGACUUUGGUGGCGUUGUGGGACGCAUGUCAGCAAGGAGUAAAUAUGGAGCGCAGAGACCAAAGAAAUAA